GUGGGCCCUUAAUAAAUGCUUACGGAUUGACUGACUCCUUGUGGUCUGGAAAGGAGGAAAGCUAGAGGGAUGGAGAGAAUAGGGCUCUUUGAUCAGACAUUCGCAUGUUAAGAAGCUGCAGAGAUCAGAAAAAUACCCUAUCUCCUCAGGGAAAGAGACUAGUACAGAUAAUCACCGUAUUCACUAUGUACUCAAUGUGCUUGCUAUUCAACAGGUCAAAACAGUUUAAUUACUUCUAAGGGAAGACCAUGGAGUUACUUGCUCGUUCUCUGCAUGUAGAGCUGCCAUAUCCUGACGUGGUUAUCAAUGUAGGAAAAAUCACCCUUGGUGAAAAAAACAGGAAUAAGUUGACAAAAGUGAAGAAGGAUGAAGAAAGAGAGAAAAUCAUCAUAGCUGCCUGUUCUUUGCUAAAUUCUGGAGGAGGAGUGAUCAUCAUGGAAAUGGCAAACGACUGUACAGAGAAAAUGGACAUAGAGAUGGGACUGGAUUUAGAAAAUUCUUUAAGUGAUCUUAUUGAACCUUCUCCAUUUCACACCUAUUUUGAAACCUCACUGAAAGAAAAAUUUUAUUACAUUUUUGUUAGAUCUUGGAGUAGUGGAAUUUCCCCUGAGAAUAACUCAGUCAAACCUCGAAUUUGUAGCCAGAGUAUGAAUCUAUAUUAUAGGAGUGCCACUAGAACUUUGAAGAUGAGCCCAAGCCUGGUCAUCAACUUUCUGAAGGAGAGAAAAAAAAGGAGUUGCAGUAGUGUGGAAAGUGCGCCCCCACAAAAAGUGCUUAAGUUUAUUGAUCCCAACAUUGAGGAUAGGGACCCUGUUUCUCUAGUAUUCCAAAGGGAUCGCCUUGAAAAAGGAGAAGUGUUACCAUUUUCCGAAUCCAUGACAGUAGAGUUUAAACAGUUUGCAACCAAAAAAAUAGUCACCUAUAUAAAAGACAUAAUACCAAAGUACAUUUCAGCAUUUGCCAACACGGAAGGAGGAUACCUCUUUAUUGGUGUGGAGGACAGUAGUCGGAAAGUUGAGGGAGCCUUGAAGGAAAAUAUGAGCCUUGAUUCCUUGGAAGAUGUAAUAAAACAAAAGAUAGAUAGGUUGCCUUUUGUCCACCUUUCUCCCACUUGCCCUGCGCUUUCAGUAAAGUAUACCAUAAAAUUUCUGGAAGUCUAUGACAAGGAAGAGCUCUACAGUUAUGUUUGCGCAAUCAAAGUAGAACCAUUUUGUUGUGUGGUGUUCUCAGAAAAACCUGUUUCAUGGAUUGUGGAGGAUGGGUGUAUUAAAAGUUUGUCAAUUGAGGAUUACACUGACAAGAUAUUGGAUGCUGACCCAGAUCUUUCAUUCCUGGCUAAACAGUUUGACUCUCAGUUGAGCCUGGACAAUUGCCCUCCCCACAGCAGACCAGUAUAUUGCAAGAAGACCCUGGACCAUAAGGAAGAGCUUCAAAAAUGUUUGUUCCCAGUGUCAUCAGAAGAGAUAAAAUACAAGCCAGAUUCCCUCUGCCAGGAGCUGUUUUCAGAACAUGAAGGACUAGAAGAGCUAAUUAAUAAAGAAAUAUGCAAGGAAAAAUGCUCCCAAGGAAUAUUGAUAUUUUCUAGAAGCUGGGCAGUUGAUAUUGGCCUACAGGAGAAUCCGAGAGUACUUUGUGAUGCUCUUCUGAUAGCUUCUGACAGCUUUCCAAUUCUGUAUACAAUACUCAGGGAGCCACCUCUUUAUGGCGAGGGCUAUUCCAUCUGGGAGAACUAUUGCGUCUAUACUGCCCGCAUGUUAAAGCAAAAAUUGGUGAACACUGGCGGUUACACUGAAAAAGUGUGCAUUAUUCCCAAGAUUCUGAUUCUGAAUUCUGGAAAUGAAGCAGUGGACCUUAGGAGCUCAGACCAGCUCAUUUACCCUAAAUCUUACAGAGUGAAAUUUGAGGAAAUGACAAAGCUACUUCAGUCCCUGGUGAUAGCCUUGCUCAGCUUCCAAUCCUUUUUAAGUGACCAGAUUGGCUAUGAGAUUCUAAACCUACUCACAAUUGAACAGUAUAAAGUGAUUUCAAAAAAUCUUCACAAGACUCCAGAAUUGUUUAUCCAUGGCUUCCCUGGAACAGGGAAGACAAUUAUAGCCAUGAAGAUCAUAGAGAAAAUCAAGAACGUGUUCAACUGUGAGAAAAAAGAGAUCCUCUUUAUCUGCGAAAAUCAGCCCUUAAAGGAUUUCAUGAGGAAAAAAGAUAUCUGUGAAGCUGUGACUCGAAAACAUUUCCAGACAUACAUAUUUAAUGAAGUUAAACACAUCAUCAUUGAUGAAGCUCAGAAUUUCCGCCAAGAAGAUGGUCCCUGGUAUAAAAAGGCCAAGGCAAUCACUCAGAAACCUGGGCAAAGCCCAGGGACACUCUGGAUCUUCUUAGAUUAUUUCCAGACCAGCCAUAUAGAAGAUAAUGGCCUUCCCGAUUUCAAUAGUCAAUACCCUAAAGAAAUGCUCACCAAAAUAGUCCGUAAUGCAGAUCCUAUCGCCAGGUAUAUUAAAGAAAAUAUAGAAAUGAUCAAAAGCAAUCCUCCAUUUUAUAUUGCUCCAACAUCUUUAAAGAUGCUAGGUGAAGCUCACUGGAGUUCGGGGGUUCAAGGUUUCUUUGAGCUUAAGAAAAAUUUGACAAGGGAUCAGAUUGUGACCUAUGUGGCCGAAAACUGCAAAAAACUGUUCCAAAAGGGCUUCUCUUCCAAAAACAUUGCUAUUCUAGUCAGCACACUCAAGGACAUAGAUUAUUAUGAAGAAUCAUUAAAACAAGCAACUAAGAAAAUCAGGGGGCUGAGAAUCUGUUCUGCUCCUACUGCUAUGGAAGGCGAUUAUAUUGUUCUUGACAGCAUUAGGCGCUUCUCAGGCCUCCAAAGGACCAUUGUGUUUGGGCUUAAUCCUGUCUCAGUCUUUCCACAUCUUUCACUCAGCCUUUUGGUCUGCCUGGCAUCAAGAGCAUUAACCCACCUCUAUAUCCUAUAUGAGAAUUAGAUGCAGGGACUGAGCAGGGAGUCCAAAUAGAGCUGACCUCCCUAGCAUCCCAUCAUAAAUAGCAACACACAAAUAGUAACCAGGAGUGAAAGAAUAGGAAAGAGAAGAAAAUUGAAUGCUCCAAAGAAAAUCAUCUCUCAGCUGGGAUGGGAGGUUGGUUAACUAACAAACAUCUAUGAAUUAAUAUUUAUUAAAUAAUAAAUAUAUAUAUAUUAAAUAUAAAUAAACAAAUAAUUAAUUAAUUGCAUGCCUACUAUGUGCUAGGGAGAGAAGGUGGCCUUUUGCUAAUUGAAAAAUAUGGUAUAAUUUUGAAAAAAGAAAAAAAAGAUAAAUCAAGGCAAUUGAUGGCUUAAACAGAAUGCCAAGAUGCAAUAAUGAAGAUCAUCAGAAUUUACCACCCACCUUAAUAUAGGAUUAAUAAAAACUAGAAGUUGCCAGGAGGGAGCCAUCAAAUCCACACUGUCUGACAUGGUCACAGGUGGAAUCCGGGGACUGCACGGUGGCCCCCAGGAAGGACGGAAAUACCCACUUAGACUCCCCUGUGUGAUGCCUCUCUUGCUAACACUAUUAUUGGAAUUGUUUCAAUUACUAUUUUACUCAGCCCCAGGAAAAUUCCACCCUUAUAUGUAAUGACACAGAAAUCCCCCCUAGAAUAUUACCAAGAGAUUCUACUUAUAAAAUCAGAUCUAAGGACUCCUAUGUACCUAUUUGGAUAAGGGAUCAUAGAUGGGACCCCUUUAGGUAUAAACCCCCAACAAAACUAUACUGUAUAUUAAUUGCCUUUCAUGAAAAGGCUGGUACAUUCCCCUCCACUGGAUUAUUUUGUUAACUGAAGGCUAGGCAACAUGUCUUGGAUACCUUAGUAAAACAUUGGAGAAUGAAAAGAUUGUUAUUGGUAUGAUACUUAAACCGGGUUAUGCUGAUUGUAUCCUUAGAAUUCUGAUUGAUUGUAUCAUUGGUUAGUGUAAUGAAUAAUUAUUCUUAGCUUAACUGCAUAUCUAGGUACCUCAUGGGUCAAUGAGGGAGUGACCUCUAGCUGAGCAACCCUGUGAUGAAAACACAAACAUUUUCUGCAAAGCUGUGCAUUUGUUGUUAGAAUCUAUGGAAUCAAAGAAUAUAGAAUGAUUAUAGAAUGUCAAUCAAAUGAUUUAGUAAAAGUUAAUGUAUGACCUAUUCCAUUAUCUGUAAAGAAAGAUGCAUGUUAAAAAUGAAACUGUAUGUGUAACCACUAAGUGUUUAAAAAUAAAAUCAGUCUGAGCCUGA